AUCGAUGACUAGUUUGAAUGGGAGGAACUUUCUAUCAGUUCUUUAUACUUCACAUUGCCUUAAAUAUUGCUUAAAUUGUAGUAAAAUGAUUUUGAUAUUACCCGUGAUACUCUUUAUUAUGCCCUUGACUUCUGGCUAUAACUACUGCAACAACAAGACCCACGUGUGCGAUUUGGCCAAAAGGAAGCAUUUCAUGUGCCGACUGGAGGAUCUGGCACCCUUUCAAAAUACCAAGUACCACGCCAUCGUUCCGGACAACCAAGUUGUGCGAAGGGAAACGCUGGGCAUACUCAACACUUUCCGGAACACUUUCGCUGGCGGGGAUCUGAUGACGAAUGAGAACAAGACCUUCCGGAGUGCCAAGCGGAUGAGGAGGCUCAACUGGGACGAGGAGCUGGCCUACCUGGCACGCAGCCACGCCUCCACCGUGUCCUUUAAGCACAGCGAGUGUCGUUCCACCCUGCGAUUCCCUAUGGCCGGCGAGGUUCUGGCCCUGUUGCCAGGAUCUAAAAAGGAGAAGUUCAAUGUACUCGAGAUAAUGGAGAAGGCAUUCAAUCCAAUGUUCGAAGAGUACAAAUAUGUCGUGGAUCCCGAGGGCCUCCUAGAUGGCUUCGAUCCCGACAGGGACUACUACGUGGGUCACUUCUCUCUCCUCGUCAGCGAUCGAGUGUCCCGUGUUGGCUGUGGCAUUGCCGUGGGUUCGAACUGCCGUGUCGGCGAUAAAGUCGGUUUCUGCCACUUCCUCACCUGCCACUUCGACUACACCAACGUGGAGGGUUCGUAUGUUUAUAAGGCCGGAGAGCCGGCCAGUAAAUGUAGUGACUGGAACGCAGAUGCCAGCAAAAAGUAUUCUAAUUUGUGUGCAAACUCCGGCGAAUUAUUUCCACCUAAUAAGGGAGACUAA